CGCGGCACCGGCGGCACGUGAAGGUCGCGGCGCGGCGGCGCCGGGGGGAGCGGGGACCGGGAGCGCCAUGGACCCGCCGUCCGCCGCCGGGCUGGGCGGGGCCGACCCCCAGCUCCAGCGCUUCAUCGAGGUGGAGACGCAGAAGCAGCGCUUCCAGCAGCUGGUGCACCAGAUGACCGAGCUCUGCUGGGAGAAGUGCAUGGACAAGCCGGGCCCCAAGCUGGACAGCCGGGCCGAGACGUGCUUUGUGAACUGCGUGGAGCGCUUCAUCGACACGAGCCAGUUCAUCCUGAACCGGCUGGAGCAGACGCAGAAGUCCAAGUCGGCCUUCUCGGAGAGCCUGUCCGACUGAGCCGGACCCAGCCCCGCCAGGCCAGGCCCUCGCCCAUGCCCACUCCUGGUCACGGCUGCCCCACGGAGCCAGGAGCGGCUCGGGGGUUAGGAUUUGAUUAAGUGCCAGUCUCGGGGAAGUCGCAGCCAGAUGAGAGCCCACAACAGACACAAGGAUGCUCCAAGUCGGGGUGAUGUGCUGCUCCUGGCCCCGCGGGCCAGCGGCCACCUUUGUGCUGGGACCCUGGUGCCAUGCAGGGAGCGUUUGGAAUGUGCUGAGCAGAGGGUGCUGAUGCUCGUUUCACGGAUGCUCCCAGCGCUGACGGGACCGGUGAGGCCAGCCCGCGGUCACUGCCCUAAACAGUGCUGCACAAACCAGCCCUCCUGGGCACAUCCUCACCUGCCCCGGGCACCAUCACUGAGCAGGCUGGGACAGGCACCCGAGUGAGAAGAGCAUGUUGGGAACAGUGAUCAUCCCAGGCAGUGCCACUGCUGGAAAAUACUUCCAGGCUUCCAUAGGUAAAUCGUUCAUACGGCCAAGUGACCAAAUUUCACACUGCAGCACAACUCUGUCGAUGCUGACUUGCUCCAUUAACUGCUUUCCCUGGGUAUAUGUAAUAAAUAUUAACUGGGUCAAUUUUUAAUAUGAGAUUCUCCUUUUUUCAGAUAGAUCACUACUGAGAAUGGAAAAUCUGGCCUUCUUGUCACUCCUCCUCCUUCCCAUUGAUCCUAUUUAUGGCAAAAUUAGUAGGAAGGAGGCAUAACUAUCUUCUGGCUAGAAGGCCUUUUCUGAAUUCUGAUUUGUUGCUCAAUUAAUUUGGUCUCAUGAAUCAAACUUAUUUCUGGGAGAGGCUGUGGCUUUUCCUCUUCUUGCCCCAAAGUUUAACAGCUCCUGCUGUCCUGGAGAGUAGUUUCUUUACAGAGACUAAAUACAGGGAUUAACUAACCAGCUGCUUUAUAACCUCAUGCACCUUCACCUUUGGAGGUCACUGGCAAGAGGCCUGUGGGUGUGUCUUCUGGACCUCUGCCCCCAGGACACAAAGAGGAGCUUCAAACUAGAAAAACAACCAACCACUGAUCAGCUCUUUGGGAAGGCAGCAGCAUUUCAGCAGUGCUCAUACGCUGCAGGUCUCUGGGAAGCCUGGAGUGACCCUGAUAGUGGUCUGGAGCCUGGUAAAGCAGUUCUGCACACAACCCACUGCAGGGGCUGCUGGACAGAGCAUGCAAGCUCCCAACAUGGGUGGCUUGUAGCCAGCAGCCUUCCUGGGAACAAACUCAGGAUGUGUUCAGCAGCUAUGCAGAUGUAAACCUGUACCACUGAGGACACAGCUGUCUAGUUAUCUGUCAGAAACUUACCUCAAGAGCUAAGGACUAGGUUCCCAGAGUAGGUGAUUCCCUCUCCUAACUUAAGUUUCUCUGGAGCACUCAAGCAUUCUUCCUACCCCUGCAAUGCUCCAUGCCUUCCAGUGUUCACACAGCCCCUGGUAUAAAUGUAUCACUCACCACUUGGUAACUGAACAGAUCAGUUUUUAAUAGAGUACAGGAAGCUUCAUCAACCUGCACAGCAGACGUUACACAAAGAGGUUGGUCCCUCUGUAAGAGCCACAGCAGCGUGUGGCAGCACCACUGAAGUUUCCCAGUUUGGGCUGUAUUCUGUUUUUGGAUGUGAAUCUGUAAAUAAAUUCUAGCAGAGUGAGCAAAA